AGUAUAUUUUUGGUUUCUGAUUUGUGUGGAAGUAUUCUUUUCAUUUGCUAAUUUGGAGUCAUUAACAAAAAUUUUGGCAAAAGGAGGUGUAUGAAAAUUUUCGUAAGAUUGCAGUGGUUAUCUGAUACUACUAAAAAAAUUUUAAAGGCCUUUAAAUACAGAGUAAAGCCUAUACGACUAAUUAUAAUCUUCAUUUUAUCGUCGCUUAUCUUUAAUUUUUUGCAAUGCAAUAUAAGAUAUCCAAACAAGAAUAUUCUCAAUUACAUUUUUCAACUGUCGACUACUGUGUCUUUGGAGCGCUUUUGUUGUUCUCUACGGGAAUCGGUAUCUAUUUUGGCUACAUAAAGAAGAAACCGGUUAAACCAAAACGUGAUGAGGAACCGAAAGAUCAUAACGUACCGGACUUUGGUUCUAAAGGAAUGAGUGAAUAUAUGCUGGGAUCCAGACAAAUGAAAGUAUUUCCAGUGGCAAUGAGUCUUGUUGCUAGCUACAUUUCAGGCGCAACUAUGCUGGGCACACCAUCGGAAAUCUACAAUUAUGGCACUCAAUAUUGGUUAAUCAUUAUAUCUGUAGUUUUAACGGCAAUAG